GAAAAAACAAACAGUGAAAUAAAUCAUCAAAUUGUUGUCCAUGUCUGACUUGGAGUUUUUUCUUUUUCUUGUUCCCCCAAUCUUGGCAGUACUUAUUAUUCUUAAUCUAUUCAAAAGAAAACAUAAAUUUCCAAAUCUUCCACCAGGGGACAUGGGUUGGCCUUUUCUUGGUGAAACUAUUGGCUAUUUGAGACCUUAUUCAGCUACCACUAUUGGAGAUUUCAUGCAAGAUCACAUCUCAAGGUAUGGGAAAAUUUACAAGUCAAAUUUGUUUGGAGAGCCAACAAUAGUUUCAGCAGAUGCAGGGCUGAAUAGAUACAUUCUGCAGAAUGAAGGAAAAUUAUUUGAGUGCAAUUAUCCAAGAAGCAUAGGUGGGAUUCUUGGAAAAUGGUCUAUGUUGGUUCAAGUUGGACAAAUGCAUAGAGACAUGAGAAUGAUUUCUCUGAAUUUCUUGAGCCAUGCUAGGCUCAGGAAUCAACUUUUAAGUGAAGUUGAAAAGCACACUCUUCUUGUUCUUGCCUCUUGGAAACGGGAUUCUGUAGUUAGUGCACAAGAUGAAGCAAAGAAGUUCACGUUCAACUUUAUGGCAGAGCAUAUUAUGAGUUUACAACCUGGAAAUCCAGAGACGGAGCAGCUAAAGAAGGAAUACAUCACAUUUAUGAAAGGAGUGGUUUCUGCUCCAUUGAAUUUUCCAGGAACAGCUUAUAGAAGGGCCUUACAGUCUCGAUCGACGAUUCUUGGAUUCAUUGAGAGAAAAAUGGAGGAGAGGCUUAAGGAAACGAAAGGAAAUGAAAACGAUCUACUUGGGUGGGUUCUGAAGAAUUCAAAUCUUUCAAAAGAGCAAAUUCUUGAUUUGCUACUAAGUUUGCUCUUUGCUGGACAUGAAACUUCAUCAGUAGCCAUAGCUCUGUCUAUUUAUUUCUUGGAAAGCUGUCCUGAUGCUGUUCAACAACUGACAGCAGAGCACUUGGAGAUUUCCAGAGCCAAAAAGCUGUCAGGAGAAACAGAGUUGAAUUGGGAUGACUAUAAGAAAAUGGAAUUCACUCAAUGUGUUAUUAAUGAGACACUAAGGCUUGGGAAUGUGGUCAGGUUUCUACACAGGAAGGCCGUGAAAGAUGUUCGAUAUAAAGGUUAUGACAUUCCAUGUGGAUGGAAAGUGUUGCCGGUGAUUUCUGCGGUGCAUUUAGAUCCUUCCCUUUUUGACCGACCUCACAAUUUUGAUCCAUGGAGAUGGCAGAAUAAACAAGGGUCACCUUCAGCUUCAGGUAAGGGAGGAAGCACAGGCAUGAGCAGCACAGGGAAAAGUAGUAAUAAUUUCAUGCCAUUUGGGGGAGGACCUCGUCUGUGUGCAGGAUCUGAACUUGCCAAACUUGAGAUGGCCAUUUUCAUCCACCAUCUUGUCCUUAAUUUCCACUGGAAACUAGCUGCACCUGAUCAGGCUUUUGCCUAUCCUUACGUCGAUUUUCCCAAUGCCCUCCCUAUCGCUAUCCAACAUAUAUCGUCGUCAAUUAAACCACCACCACACUAGCUUAAAUUCAUCGUAAAACAAUGUACGUUGCGUCUAUGGGUAAACAUUAUAUAUAUGUAUAAAUAAAAUAAUAGCUGAACAAACGGGAAGAAAUUUUUAUAGAAAAUUGUCUUUGGUUAAAUUGUGCACAUUAUUAUGACGAGGAGUACUUUCUUGGAUUAA